AUGGCAGACACGAUGCAGCGUCCGGGCCUGUCCAUCGACACCGACUUGCCUCGCCAGGGAGAAACCCGCGCGAAACCCAACGUCGCCCCCUCCGGGUUCCUCGAGCGCGCCUCGAAGAUGUUGUCGGCCCAUUUGAACGCCGCGGCGGACGACGACGACAAGAAGGACGGGUCCCCCACGUCCGAGCUCACGAGCCCCACGUGGGGCAACACCAUUAUCAAAGAACCGUUCCAGGACAUGGACAUGCUCGAAAACGGCCACGCGCGCGAGUACCUGGCCGAGGAGUGUCUGAGCCCCACGCAGUCCAAGUCGUGGACGUACUCGACCGUCGAGCGCACCAACAAGAACCAGUACAAAAUGUACUGGAACAACGACCAGUUCCUGCUGAGCGCCAAGCAGGUUGGCGGCACCUUCUACAUCUCGCAGUACGAGAAUUUCCCCGAGUCGGGCGAGGCCGACGAGCCCACGGGCCACUACUGCGCCGUGCUGCGUAAGGCCACCGAUCACAACUUCAAGCUCUACAGCUGUGGAUGUGAAGGCUGCGACCAGAGCUUCAGCACGUACACGUGCAGCAACAUCAACGAGGACGCAGCGGCCACAGCCGUGGAAGGCGCUGACCGUCAACUGCUCGCCGACAUCUCGCACUUCACCAAAGCUGCGGGCGUCGUGGGCUCCGAGAUGCGCUGCUUCUCGGUGGUCAUCCCCGCCAUCAUGGACGACAAGCGCUCGCGUGUUGUCUGGUGCCCUCGAGUGAGUCGUGGCGUGACGACUUCGGGCGGAACUCCGCGCGGAACUCCGAGCUGCCAACUCAUGACGUCGCCGUCGCCGCGCAACAAGAACCAGCACAUCUUCACCUUCGACACGCCCACGAGCGACCGCAUCAAGAUCGGCAGCAAGCUGCCGGUCUGGUGCCCCGAAGUCAACUCGCUCAUGCUGAAAUUCCACGGCGGCCGCAUCCGUGAAGCUUCGGCCAAGAACUUCAUGCUGAUGCUGGACGAAGAGCCUGUGGGAGCGCAGCUAAGCGCGGUGCCGGACCCGACGGGCAAUAACCGAGUGGUGAUGCAGUUCGGCAAGUUCUCCAAGUCCAAGUUCGCACUCGACUUCAGGUUCCCGCUGGCUCCGAUCCAGGCUUUCGCGAUUGGGCUGUCCUCCUGCGCCUGGAACGUCAAGCCAUUGGCAACAUAG